GAAUCACCUGAAGAGGAAGCGGGGAGUCGCUGAGCCAAACAGACAAAUGCCAAUCGUGAAUCAUGUCAAAGCUUUAUUGCCUCGCUGCCGUCACUCAUAAAUCCAGCUGAAACAGGGUGAAAGAUGUCCCCCAAUUAGAUGGCCGGCAGAGAGAAAUAAAUGCCUCGAGUUUAUUGAUGAAAUUUGCAGCAAAAUAGCAAAAACAGAAGCAUUGAAUAGUCUCACAGAUCCAAUUCCGAGUGUGCAGACGGUUGGUCAAUAAUUAUCCUUUGGAGCAUGUAAGAUGAUUUUGUGUUUCGUGGAGGAGGACUGUUUAGCAAUAAUUCGGUAGUUGGAAUAAUGAACUCAGUAAUGAUGUAUUAUUAUAUGCAGUAUUAUUAAUUGAUGGAGUAAUCGAUAGAAGAAUCAAUUCUUGAAACAUUUCCUGGUGACUUUCCUGAUUGACAGUGACUAAUCCGGGUUGGAUUCUCGCGUACGUGUCACGUAUUCCAAUGAGUGCGCAAACAAAAGCAGUCAUGGCGAGUACCCUGGAGCUGCCCUUCCGCCCGGACCCUCAGCUGACCGAAGUGAUGCGCCUGCGGGUCCAGUCCCUGCAGCAGCGCGGCCAGAAACGUCAGGACGGCGAGCGCCUGCUGCAGCCCAACGAGGCCGUGUACCGCCUGGACUUCACCAAGCAGUCUCUGCGCUUCUCCCAUUGGACCGUGCGCCUGCCCCAGUCGGGCUGCCUCACCGUCACGGCCACGUCGCAGCUGUGGACGCCAGACCUCACCCACCUGAUGACCCGCCAGCUCCUGGAGCCCUCGGGGGUCUUCUGGAGGGCGGCGAGCGAUGCCCGCGAGGCGGAGACCAAGUGCUAUGAGGCUGACGCGCAUGAGUUCGGCGAGCGCAUUGCCGAGCUGGCCAAGGUGAGGAAGGUCAUGUACUUCCUGUUUGCCUUCGGGGAAGGAUGCAGCCCCGAUACAGUGGACUGUUCCAUCUCCUUCACAGGCUCAGGGGACUGCUGAAACUAACUAAGUGACUAUAAGGAACUAAAGUAAUGGAACCUUUCAAUGUGUAUGUUUCGUUCUUGACUGGUUGGUUAGAUCACUGAUUCUCAAAGUGUAGUAUAGGCUACCCACAAGUACUGCGUGCUUUUAUGAGGUACAUGUUACAGUGGCUUGUUCAUUAAAUGUACUUAUUCGGAAUCCCACCCGUGUUUCAAUGAACACAUUUGACGCGGUACCCGGUGUCCACAGUUUCAGAACCACUCGAUUAGGUGAUCACUGGAUUUCCUUGUGAUGUAAUUGUUGUGUAUUUAUCUUCAUGUACCCCAUUCCCCCGGGUAUACUCCACCCUCACUACCAACGUCAGGUGUUGCUACUUCACUCUACCCCCCGCCUCCCCCCGGGGGACACCAGCAGAGAGAGCCACACAGCCCAGGGGUACCACUUAAAGGCUUAC